AUGAAUCAAAUAGUUUUAGCUAGAACAGAAAUAAAAAAUUUAAGGCAAAAACUAUCAGCGUUGAAAUAUGAGCAUAAUAAAGAAAUUAAAAGUAUUAAAUCAACCCUGAAUGGACUUCGUUGUGCUAAUUGUGCUGAAGCUGCUACAACAAUAAUACACCCUAGUGAAGUAAAUACACCAACAACAUCUGACUGUACUGGUUUUGUAACAUUUAAACCUAUUGGAUACAUUGAAACCUCAUUUGAGAACAAGCGUGGUGUGCCGAGGCAGCCCUCAGUCCUGUCCAAAGCAAGGGGUGUUAUUGUUAUUGAUUCAAAUGUCUUCAACAACCCAGAGCAUGCUUUGAUUGGCUUAGAAGAGUUUUCUCACAUAUGGAUAAUAUUCCAUUUCCACGCGACGGAGAGCACAAACGUUCCCGCCAAGGUCACACCGCCGCGCCUGGGCGGGGAGCGGAGGGGCGUCUUCUCCACCCGAUCACCUCACAGGCCGUGCCCGAUCGGACUCUCCCUGGUCAAGAUAUCGAGCAUCGAAGGCAACAGGAUCCACUUCGAGGGCGUGGACAUGGUGAACGGCACCCCCGUUUUGGACAUCAAGCCCUACAUCCCCCCAUACGACUGUCCGACGCCCCUCCCGGACCUGGCAUCAGUUCGCCCCCCCACAGAGGGCAUCAGCGACAUGGUCGAGGGUCUCGGAAGCCUGCGGGUCGACGACGAUUUUGGUGCUAGGAGCCCGAUCGUCUUCGGUGCCGUCAGCCCCGCCCACUCGCUGUACGACGAAAUCUCGCCGACAGAAGACCAUCAGAGACUGACGCCGACCCCGUCGACGGAUUCCCACUCGAGUAUAGACAUAACGGAUGGGAUCUACCAAGACGCUCCUCUCCCCAGGCGGCCGGACGCCGAAAGGGGCGCCCCUGACGGCCAAGAGAGAUUCACCCCCCCACAUUCGGGGCUGGCGCAGUUUGCGGCCCGGCAGGACGGCGUGAGGGUAGCCCCCUGGAUAUCCAGCCCGCCUACCCAGACCUACGGCGUCAGGUUCACGGAAGACGCGUUACAGAGGCUGCACGAGCUGAUCGGAGAGCGGGCAGGGGCGUUCAGGGCGAAUAUAGAGGGCCUGCUGCGCGAAGACCCCCGCUCCCUCUACGUGAGGAACCGCUAUCCGGACCACGAGUACAGCUGCGUGUUGGAGGACCUCUCUAUAAGUUGCGUGUUCGACGCCCAGUCGGCGACGUGCACGAUAAUAGCGGUCAGGAGCGCCGACGAGUUGCAGCAGACC